AACUACCUUGAAUUUCCUACUUUUCUGAGUUUUCCAAGCUGGUGGCAAUGGCAAAUUAUCUUGGAGUUACCUCAGCAGUGUCUUUCAUCUGGGUUAUGACAUUCCUGGCUCAAAAUUACUUUGUAACAGGUUCCAUUAAUUCACCUUGCAGGAUCAAGGGUAUAGGACUUUAUCUUGAUCAGAAAGUGAAUUUCUCAGAAGCAAGUCAUGGAUGUAAUCAAUUCAACCUAGAGCUGGCAAGUAAAAUACAAGUGGAAGAGGCUUUGAAACAUGGCUUUGAAACAUGCAACUUUGGAUGGGUGAAAGAAGGAUUUGCUGUUAUUCCUCGGAUAACAUCCAACCAGAAAUGUGGUCAGGGAAAAACUGGAAUAGCACAAUGGAAUGCUGGCAAGGAACAAAAAUUUCAUCUCUACUGCUUCAAUUCCUCAGAUGUCCAGAUUAAUUCCUGUCAACCAGACCCAACUACACCUCCUUUAUCAACUGCAUCAAGAGAUUUAACUGCAUAUUCAGCCUCUGAUUUGACUGAGAACAUCACAGCAGUGUCUGCUGGGACAGUGACUGAGGCAGGACAAUUGCUGAGAAAGAGAUUUCGUGUGGUGUGCGUAACUGAAACGCUCUCACCAACAGAGGGGCCCACCACCACAGCAGUGCCAGAGGAGCACUCCCUCACCUACUCUCCCAAGCUCACUCCCCACCUGGCCUUUAAGAAUGAUGCUGUUGUUUUUGGAGGUAUCCCCACUGCACUUCUUGUACUGGCAAUCAUCUUCUUCAUUAUUUCUGUUGUUCUAGCAGUCUGUUAUAUCAAAAAGUACAAGAAAACCUUACCAUUUUUAAACAAGAAGCAGCAAAAAGAAACAGUUGUAACUACUGCUCUCAAAGAGACAAAAUCAAAUGACCAAACACCUGAGAAGGAAACACAGAAUAAUGGAAAUAAGGUAGAAGAAUGUAAAACUAAGCCUGAGGCCACAGUAAAAUGUCUAGAAGCAGAAGUUUAAAGGAAAGAAUGUACAGUUCUUGAUGGAAGUAUAAAGUAAAGCACACAGAACUUAGGAGUGCUUUUAAACAUAAGUGAUUGUAAAUACUCAUAUUUUCUCCAUCUUUAACAUAUGAAACCUUGUUUUUUAAUGAUUACAUCUUUGGCAACAAAUAU